ACGUGCAACGUCAGCCGGAAAACCACACGGCUGCUAAGGCUGCCAUGCGUCUCCUUCCAAUCCAUAUGUGCUGUUCCGCUGACUGAAAGGCCAUCGACUACAGGCGCUUGUACGGGGUGACUACCGCUGUCUCGUAACGGGCAAAAUCGACGAGGAUUCUUUCCUAGCUGCGCGCACACAACAACGGCGACCAGAGGAAAUGGUGACGUUGACGCGGGGCUCCCACAUCUUUCCCAGCUCGCUGAACGACAUCCAACCUGGCGUGUCCAGUGCGAAGGACUGUCCGGCAGCGACGGUGUGGACGAUACUAGAACAACUCGGCUACGAGGAUGUCUGCGCUCAACUCGGGGGCGACGCUCAGGGACCUUGGAUCCAUCGGCUGGAGAACGUCCUGACGCUCGACGUAGCUGUCCACGAUCGCUUCGACAACAUGCGGCUUUGGUUCGAAGAAGUGCGCGGCGAGGAGAAUCGUUACCGGGUCGUGCUUGCCCCCGGACUAACGCACACACUCGUCGGCGUCCCGGAGCAGGUCAAAUUCGUUGCGCGUCAUGGCCUAUCCGUCCCUAGUCCAAAGUAUAUUCGGGUCCACGCCAUGUGCUGCCGCGUCGCGCACAUGUCUGGUGCCGCGAAGUAUCUUGAUGUGCUUAUCCGCAAUAUGGAAGAGCUGCAAGUCUUAGCUGAGGACGGGACGUCCGCCGAUGUUCUCAUGUACGCGCUUCAGGGUCAUCGUUCAAGAGAACACCCGUGA